CACCUUCGCGUAUACCAUACAAUCAAAGUUUUGAUGGUGGGUGGUUUCCUGCACUGACAGUCAUCACUAAUGCAUAUACUAGAUACCAUGUUCACCUACCUCGCUAUUCUUGUCGCUGCCGCUGGGGUGCAGGCAGCUCUUAGUACCACCGAUGAAGGAGAAUUAUUCUGCUUACAGCUACUAUUCGCUAUAUCAAACACACCUCUCCGCGCAUGCAAGCCUCGCAAAUAUACAAGUGUCGUUUCGAAGUCCGCCAUCAUGCCGAUGUGUGCCGAGUGUGUUGGUGGCUGAUCCUUGCAGCUC